UCCUGCACGCCAUCCAGCACUACAGUCGAAACACCGCGGGCAGGAGGCUUCAGCUUCACGCCUUUGUGGGCAUCAUCAGUAUGGCGGAUGCCUUCAAGAUCUCCAGACUGAGUGGUAACACGGAGAGCAAGUGGAAGAAACCUUGGGAGACUUCCAUGACUCAGGAACAAGCACACCUCACUGGGAGCCUUGUGACUGACAGGUGGUUCAGACCGACUGGGAGACAUGACGUCAGUGCCACCAUGCAGGGAGUAAAACCAAGAGGAGGAAGAGGAGCAUUCAAGAGACAUCAGCUGGCCAGCAGUCCAUUCAGACACACACACACACACACCCAGGCUUCCAAGUUGAUAAUCCAAAAGCCAGCAGAUGACAGCUUCCUUCCAGCACACACUUGUAUCGCCCAACUUGACCUGCCUGAAUACAAGCUGAUACAGUCCAUGCAGCAGGGAGUGCAGCCUCUACAAGUGGUGGAGGGCAUGGACACUUGGAUAUGGAUGACACUGGUUUGGGUGCCAAAUAUUAAUAGUGCACCUACACAAUUACCACACUCGCUCCUCUCACCAGGCUUAACUAUAAAUAAUUAAAGGAGUGAGUGAGGAGGCACAUCUGUCUGUGAUUAGGGAAUGCAAAUGACGAUGUUCCAAGGACGUCACCCUGUCCUGGGCCAUGACAUGAGAGAGAAGAGGAAAAAAGGACUCUCUCUCUCUCUCUCUCUCUCUCUCUCUCUCUCUCUCUCUCUCUCUCUCUCUCUCUCUCUCUCUCUCUCUCUCUCUCU